AUGGAGGAAUCUGCACCCAAAGACCAAUCCUCUGCCUCCGAAACGGGAAGAUCAACCACGAGGCUUCUCCGGUAUCCUCUCCGAUCAGCAACCAAACUGAAGGACGAGAAACCGCCGGUUGCGGGCUCCGCAAACUCCAUCUCGGCCGCCAAAAGGGAAAGGGCUCCAUCUAGUGUGAGCAAAAGUGUAGGAGUUCUCGAUCUCUCUGGAAAGGAAAAGUCAUCCGCAAAGCUUCCUAGACGGCUCUCCGUGCCUAACAGAAAGCCAAAUGCUACCCCGACUCCAAAAUCUGCCGGCAGUAUAACUCCAAUUUGCGAGACUCGAGCAAAGUCUGCCAUCGGCCAGGGGAAAAGUGAUACUCCACGUUCGGACAUUUCCAAGUCGUCUGCUCGAAAGAAAUUCAGUACUCUAUCUUCAGCAUCUUAUUGGCUGUCUCAGAUUAAGCUGUCAGAAUCUGCUUCUAAGCACUCUAUCUCCCUUGGUUUCUUUAAGCUUGCUCUGGAGGCUGGGUGUGAGACUAUACAGCGAUUGAGUGACGAACUAAAGUCAUACGUGCGCCGUCACGACCUUUCUGAACAUGGAGAAGACUUGAAAUUUCUCUUGGAAGGCUUCAAGAUUCCCGAAAGCUUUGAGCUUUCCCAGGUAUCUGGAAAGUGUUUACAGGCACCUUCUGGGGGCAGUCAGUAUUCUGAUGAUGAUGUUAAAAGCUCGUCAUCUUCUAUAACUUAUGCUGAGGAGACGCAAAAGAAUGCUCACAUGACUCAGCAUGUCAAGAAGGCAAAUAAAGAAAACUCUGAGAAGGAUGGUACUGUGAAAGCUACCAAAAGAUCGGUGCCUAAGAGGGCUGCAAGCUCUAAGCCUGAUUUGGAAGUUAAAGCUGUGUAUUCUAUUAUUAUGAAUCCUGCUUCGGAGGAAACUCGUGAAGAUAACAAGGAAAACACGGUUGAAUCCCAGAUGUCAGAGCAUCCCAGUGAUCGGCGCGCAUCACCAACACCAGCUAAUAUCAUCCCCCGUCUAGCCGUCACCUCUGAAAAACCGACGGCCUUCCGUCCGCGACCUCGCCACCGCCCACCGCCGUUCUCGACGGUGCUGCCGCCGCCAUCUGGCAUGUUCUUCUCCACCACGGCGGAAGAUCCAGACGACCAAUUUCUACCGAGAAACAUGAAGUCAUGGAAUUCAGAAGACGAACAUAUAAGGUGGUCGGACGCGAAAGUCUCGUUCAGCUCAUCCGGCCAUGGCGGACGUCGUGUGUUUUCCGUUGGUUCGAUAGUCAGAACGGCGGCUAAACAGGGUGGAUCCGGUCGGCGACUCUCUGGUGGUCGGCACGGCGGUGACGGGAGGGUGGUCUGA